GUUCAUUAGUCAUUGUAAUAAGCUCGACAAAGUUAAAUUACGAUCAAUAUAUAAUUUUAUUAAAGUUAUUUGCAUCGCUUCAACAUGGAUAACGACGUGGAUAUUAACGUGAACAUUAAAGAAAUAACAUUGAUAAAAUUUAUUGGAUCCGGCUCGUUUGGCGACGUAUACAGUGCAAAGUGGGCAAAUAAAUAUGGCAACAAGACAAUUGCGGUCAAAAUGAUUAAGCAACCACUAGAUUCUGACCAAAAUCUUAAGCGAGAGAUAAUUAUUUUAUCGUGUCUUAAGCACCCGAAUAUUGUCACAUUAUACGGUAUCUCUAAAGAUCACGAGAACAAAUUUCACAUACUUUUAGAGUACGCAGAGUGCGGAUCUCUUAACUAUUUCCUGCACAGUAAGAAACACGAAAAUGAUCAAAUUUCAUAUACAGGUAAACUUAAUUGGAUGCUUCAAUGUGCCAAGGGUGUUGCGUACUUGCACGAGAAAAAUAUAAUCCAUCGGGAUUUGAAAUCAGAUAACAUAUUACUUUUCGACAAUUAUCGUAUACUGAAAUUAUGUGAUUUUGGCACAGUUAAAGAAAUUUCAACUACAAACACAGCAAACACUGGAACUGUAAAUUAUAUGGCACCAGAGGUCGCAAUUAGUGGUUAUUACGACACAAAGUGCGAUGUUUAUAGUUUCGGCAUUAUUUUCUGGGAGGUUAUGACCCGGAAGAAGCCUUUUUCCCACCUAGGAAAAAUUCCUCCGUUGACUCUUCAAAAUAAAGUCAGUCUGGGUGAUCGUCCCGAUCUUAAAGAUAUCAAGGAUUUUAAGAACUCAAAUCAUAUAAGACCAAUAAUUAAAAACUGCUGGGAUCAAGAUCCAAAGAAGCGGCCCACAAUGAAAGGACUGGCAUUUACUCUCGGCAUUGAUCCUAGUUUGUUUUCCAAUAGACCUGAAUUGAUAGCCCUUGUUAGACCAUUGCCUGAGAUAAAUGUUGAAGACUUCCAGUUUCAAUAACGCGGGCUUCAUUUGUUAGUCCCGGUACGAGCCGAGCCCGAAUUUAGCUAUUUAAAAAUGGCUCGAUAUUGAUAAUUGGUUUUUGUAGCACAAGCCCGGCACGAAUUACUCAAAAAAUUUUAUAUUUUAUUUAGCAAUCAAUCAAUUCUUUAACGUUUUUUAAGUAUGGCAAACAUUUAACAUUUUGCAGAUUAACGUAAAAAGGUUUAGGACGACUUUAUGAAUUUUUUGAUUGAAACUUGUUAAUUUUAGGUGUGUUUCGUGCCACAAACGACAA